AAUCUGUGGCGGCAGAUCAACUUGUUGCUGAUUUCUGGCAACGCCGUCAGUCAGCUGUUGCUAUUAGAAGUGGAGAAUGGCAUCACAUAGUUCUAGCUGCCAUGUUUGGCUCGUGGAUACGUAACAUCGCAAGAAAUGCAAAGUUAACACAAACCACAACAAAAUACAAUGUAGUCAUACAACAAUUAUGUCAACUACGUGCCUUAAGAAGUGCGCCACGUGCAGUACAAGUGACAGAGCCGGCUGCAAAGGUUGCUGAAUCAAGUGACACCCCAGACGCAUUGCCACCCUUAAAGCAAAACAACAAGCAAGCAAGAGAGCUUGCUCUGGAUUUCGGGCCACGGGAGGCACAGCUGCCCAGCUUUAAUUUAGCCGCAUAUGUUAACGAUUCACAGACACUGCAACAGCUGCUUCAGCUGGGUGUAGAUCUCAGCAAUAUAGAAAGACGUAAGGGCCUGGGACAAUUUGUUCUUAAGCUGGAUUUUGAGCAGGAUGUUAAGCCAUACUUGAUGUUUCUGUCGGAUCAGGGUGUCUCACCAGAUGACUUUGGUAAAAUGAUAACCAAGAAUCCAUUGCUAUUUAAGGAGGACUUGCAAGAUCUACAGACACGUGUCGAGUACCUGAAAAGUAAACGCUUCUCGGAUGAGGCGCGGCAGCGCAUCUUCACACAAAAUCCCUAUUGGCUAAUGUUCUCAACGCGACGCGUCGACCGUCGACUGGGCUACUUUCAAAAGGAGUUUCAGCUUACCGGUCACGAUCUGCGACUAAUGGCCACAAGAGAACCCCGAUUGAUCACGUAUAAAAUGGAGCACAUACGCAAAGCUGUGUUUACGUUACGUGAGGAAAUGGGCUUUAGUGCCAAAGAACUUCAAACUCUAAUUGUGCGCAAGCCUCGACUAAUGAUGACACCUGCCGAUGUCCUUGUGGAACGCUUCAGUUAUGUGCACAACGAAAUGGCCCUGAGCCACGCACAGAUUAUCCAGUGUCCGGAGUUACUAGCCUCACGCGAAUUUCGCCUGCGGGAGAGACAUGAAUUUCUCAAGUUAUUAGGCCGUGCUCAGUAUGAUCCUCAGAAAGAUUUGUACAUUUCACCCAGCGAGAUUGUGCAGGGCAAUAAUUUUUAUUUUGUGCGCAAUGUGGCCAAAAGUGAUUUGGAAACGUUUGAGUUGUUUUUAAAAAAUCGUUAAUAAAUUUAUAU